AUGUGGUUUCUAGAUAGUACCUGACAAAGCGGAGACCAGGGUGGGCGGCGUCACAUGCCUAUAAAAGCUACCGCAAGAGGCCAAGGUCAUAAGCCACUCAGCUUAGGCCAGCCUACGUGUCUGCUCCUCGCUCCUCCGUUAGCUCUAGGCUCCAUGGCGCUCUGGCUGACCGUGGUCAUUGCUCUCACCUGCCUUGGUGGCCUCGCCUCCCCGGGCCCCGCACCUCCCUCCACAAGGAGGGAGCUCAAGGAGCUCAUUGAGGAGCUGGUCAACAUCACCCAGAAUCAGGCAUCCCUCUGCAAUGGCAGCAUGGUGUGGAGCGUCAACCUAACAGCCGGCGUGCAGUACUGUGCAGCCCUAGAAUCUCUCAUCAACGUCUCUGACUGCACUGCCAUCCAGAAGACCCAGAGGAUGCUGAAAGGCUUGUGCUCUCAGAAGCCCUCAGCAAGGCAGAUUUCCAGUGAGCUCAGCCGAGACACCAAAAUUGAAGUGAUCCAGUUGGUAAAAAACCUGCUCAACCAUUUAAGGAGAAACUUUCGCCACGGAAAUUUCGAAUGAAAGAUGAAAACCUAGCAUUGCUAUUUGCAGAGGCGGA